AUGGAGAAGGAGGUUGUGUUUUCGAAGCGGAUUCAGCAGCUUUGCCGCCGCAUCGACCGAGCAAGGCCUGUCUUUGAGCAACACGCAAGUGGUGAGCUGAGGGUAUUGAGUGAAGCGCAGAGCCGGCAGGUCGAGAUGUAUCCACUCUGGCUUGAGGAUCUGGAGCAUCUGAGGCAGGGUCGUCCACCGCCCUUACGCCCAUCGAAGAUGCCAAACGCAAGUAUUAAGGCACCUGAUGGGGCGACGAGCCAAGAGGAGUUACCCGCGAGAGACAUUGCCGUGGUGGUGGGAACCGAAUCAAGAAAUGAGCUGGAACUUGCUGAUGAUGUCGCUGCACAGCGCAGUGAAGAAGGCCCUGCUACGGUAGAGAAGAAUGGGAACGAAGAGGAGGAGGAGAUGGACGAGAGAAGCUCGUCACAACAGCAGUCUAGAUGCACGGAGACAAACAAGAGGGGUAAUGCGAAGAAGCAGGUGGCUGCGAACGGUUUUGUUGGCAACUUUGAGUCCGAGAAGGAGCGUGUCGUUGAACACCUUCGAUCCCUUCCGCCUGCCGCGCGAGAAACCUUCAUUUGCAAAUAUCUUCGAAAGAUUAACGAUGCCGAUGAGUUGCGAAUUGUAAAGAAACGGUUUGAAUCAGCAAACAAUCUGCGCCAAAAAAUGAUUUCAGGGGACGUCAGUUCUCCCUCCAAGUCACAACUGGAAAUUAUCAAAGGGUUGCCGGAGCUUCGUCGCACACUAAGCAGUCUCAAGCGUCAUGCGAAGAUGGAGGAAAGGCGGGCGAUGAAGUUUUUUCUGCAACACCUGGAGGAAAUAAAGGAGGAAGAGGAGUGGAGGAAACAGCCCGCCUCAAUUGUUUUACUGGAAAACGAGGAUGAAAAGAGGGAUGAUGAAAACGGGGUUACUGAAACUUCUGCGAACGGGGAAACUGCACCUGAUAAUUCAACCGUGGAGGAAAUCAAGGAAACACACGUAGAAAUGCAGUUACCAAUUGUUAACACGCUCGCUGCAGAGCAAACGGACUCCGCAAUAAAACAGGAGGGCAAUUUUGCUUUAAUCCGGCGUGGAGUGGUGGAUAGCACUGGAAACGGAAACAGUACACCCGUGCAGACUGAGGUCAAGUUAGAGGGAGAAGCCAAUAUAGAUUCUUCUCUUUCUGGUCAUACAAGCCUCUGUGGAAAUAACGCAGUGAGGGGUAUGGUUGUCUCUCCACGAGCUACGCACGAGGUUGGACCGAGUAGCACUGGCGAUAGGGAGAGGGAGCGCAUUUAUAAUCCUUCUGUUGAUUGCUCUAAUUUCAAUUUCUCCAAGAAUGGCUUGCGACCAGAAAUAAAGACGCUACAUUUUAACCAGGUGAACGAGAAGGAAGAGCAAGAACAACAGCAGCAGAAGCAACGAGAGAAUGAUGGGAAGAAGAGUGCAGGUUUGAUUCGAUUCGAUGAUGAAUCCGCUUUUCUUGGCACUGACCAAAAGACGCGUGAAGUGGCGAAGCAAAAAGUGUUGGAGAUGCCAUCGCAUAUCACGAGAGAAGAACUUGGAUUUAUUCAGUUACACAUACCGAUUUUUUAUAGGUACAAGGCUUCUGAGGGAAGAGAACAGAGUGCUCAUACGGAAGAGUUAGCACCACGGACCGCUGCGGUACUCCGCCGAGUGGAAAAGGAGCUUCAGUACAUCCUGCAGCACCCUAUUCCACAUGUCACGGUUAUUAAUUCUCAACUACGGCUAGAAAAGGGUAAAUGCUCACAUGCGAAAAUUGAAGCUGAAAGCGAUAGCAUCACUCUGGCGAGGUGGAAUGUGUAUCUCUCUCCUUCUGAUGGCCCGCUCGCGGGGCAAUUGCUCCACAUUGUGGUUGACUUUUCCCAGCAUUACCCAUUUGUUCCACCUCUAAUCUAUUCCACUUUGUUUUUGCCGCUGACUACGAUGAUGGUUUCUGAGAGUGGCCAGCCCAACACAAUUCGGUUGUUUUCAACGUGCGCUCCUGCUGUGGCUGAUGAUGACAAAAAAUUGGCUAAUAAGAAGUGUACCAUUUGGUGUCCAGAGUCGGGUAUGCACGAAGUUUUUUCCCGACUGCCGAGCUUUUUUGAUUCUGGGGCGUUUGCGGCUUCUCGAGAGGUACUUGGGAAGGAACUGUACAACAGCAGCGUUGCGGAGGCAAGACUGGCGUGUGGGAAGUCGGCGGUUGAGUUUCUCAUGGGCAAUGGCAAGGUGAAGGCCCCCACGCCGACCACAAUAGAGAUGGUGAACGGUCCUUUUCUUGUUUAUGCCCCUGCUGCUUGGGAUGCCAGAGGAGAAAAGAAGAAGUAUGGAAAUCCGAAAAUUAAAGGCAAGAAGGGUGCAUUCGGUAGUGAGACGGUACAGUACUACGAGGACGGAGAUCGGGGCGUUAUUCAGGGCCCUUUUAGAGGUUGUUGGGGACAUUUGUUACAAAUGCAAUUGCCUUUUGCACGCGCAAGGAGGAAUCAAAAGAAGAGGAGCAAAAAAAUUUCACGAGGAGUAAAUGGACCUGUUGUGACUGCCCGGGUUUGGGCUCGUGCGGGGGAGGUGUUUCCGGAACUGGAACUUGUUGCUAUCUCAGAGCAGUCUGCCAUCAGUAAAGAACUUCAUUGGGCAGAGUCGGUUUUAGGGACUCCACGAACAGAAGGCCACAAUUGUGAAAAGAAUCAACAGCCAUCUGGGUCAUCAGCUGUCAUUGCACAUUGUAAAGUGAAAUUAACCGCGCUUGAGGAUGGAAAAGGUGCCGUGGUGCGGUUUUUUGUGGAGGAAGAGGAGGGAGUGACGAGGGAUAACGACGAGAAUGGCAAGUUCCUCUCGCCGCGCUGCGAGAAUGGUGGUCAAGCGGGGGUGACACAUGUGUACCUCCCCAGAAGUUGCGCCUCACUCUCUCCUGAGGGCGAGGGGACAUCUUUGUCAUGGGCCAUUGUAAUUUGUGUGGCGGAUGGAUGCUCGGCGACCGUGGCCUUUUCUGUUCCUGCAGUGGGAAGUAAUGUGGAGGGUGUGAGGAAUGCCGUGGAAGCGGGCACACACGUUUCUGAUGUUGCUCUAGAUCUCGUGGCUGGCACGGUGUCUGAUUCCGCGGAACGUACUUUUGUCAGGCGAAUUUCCUCUUGUUAUGAUCCAGCUUCACUUUUUUGUGUGGCGUCGUUGGCGGCCGGUAGAGAAGCAGGUAUUCUUGGGGUGUUGUGUGAGGUGAUUUACCCCUCCUCUUUUACCCAUUCCUUUGUGCCGGAGAAUGUAGUUGUCUUUCCACGUUUGAUCCUAAGUGAGAAUGCGUUUGACGCGCAUUUUUUAUGUGGCAUGAAGAAGUUGUUUUUUACUUCAUCCCCCUUUUCACCAUGUACAUUCUUUUUGCCAUUGACAGCACGACACGAAACGCUGCCGCAGGCGGUACAAAACCGUCUCAAACUUAGUCUCACUCAGGUCCAGCGUAACCCUGAUGCCUCGACGGCUUAUGCCCCGCCCUUUAAGGAAAAGUGGGCGCUGCGUUUUUUUGUUCUUGCACUGAGGAGCCUUGGAGAGCAGGCGAAGGAUGUACACGACGCCGGGGAAGCGAAGGACGAGACACGAGAAUCUUUUUUACAUUCUGUAUACAAACGCACAGCUUAUAGUUUCACCCAACUUGUCAAGGGCGAAGCGGGACUACAGAAGUUAUGCCACUUUAUUGCUGCAGGAGAUUUCCCUUUAGACCGUCCCUCUGCUACUCGCACGUCACACAAGAGGGAUGCGGAAGAGCUGGAGGCUCUGGAGUGGCUUUUAGCUUCGUGGUCCAUUCGAACAGGUCUUGUUGCUUCUGAAGCUGAGAAUAACUCUAAUACUAAUUUUAUUGCCACUAGUGCUACUACCAGUAAGAAUACAAUUUUACAACCAACGAGAGAAGAUUGGCAUGCCACCACCAAUAAGCUGAUGGCAAGUUUGAAUGAGAGCAAAAAAAAGGAUCUCCUGAGUCAAAUCCAAUUGCAUGCUAAUUUUUUGUAUGCUGCCACCUCAAAAUGA